ACUUCGAUGACAUCGAACUUUAUGACGACGACAACGACGAGAAGACACCGCUUACUAAUGAUAUAUAUAACAGAAGUAUUAGCGAACAAACUAAAGGAUGGGAUGUGUUUGUGGUGACUCCCAGUGAUGAUGAAGACGAGACAUUAAGCUCGAAAUGGAUCGAAAUAAUACUGAAAUUUUUAAAAGUCAUUACAUAUAUCAUCACUUUUUUCAUUGUCUUGUCGUGUGCUGUGCUCUCCAAAGGCAUUGUCCUGUUUAUGACAUCUAUUAUAAGAGCCAACAGAACCGUUUCGGUGUGUAAUCACGCCAUACCCGGUCUCGAUAGGGAUAAGAAAUAUUUGGCAGUCUUUCAAUACGAUGAUCCCGAACGUGUUGUAUGGAUUUGGAGCUUAUUCUUCAUACUCAUUGUGCCAGAAAUUAUGACAUUAUUUAGGAGUUCCAGAAUAUGUACUUUCAAAUCAUAUAGAAUUCCAGAUAAAAGCACUUUUAUUACAGUAUUUAUUAUGGAGUCAUUGCAUACAAUUGGUUUGGUUAUGUUAGUGUUUGUAAUAUUGCCAUCAAUGGAUGUGGUCAAGGGUGCAAUGCUGACCAACUGUCUCUGCUUUACACCGGCAUUACUAUCGAUGCUUUCGAGACAUUCCGGAGAAACAAAGAGAGCAUUCAAAACAAUACUCGACUUUCUAUGUGUUUCAAUACAAUUGACAGCAUUUAUCAUUUGGCCGAUUGUGGCCAAACAAGAGCGCAAUCCGAUGGCAUCUUUAAUACCAUUUGUGUGUUUUCUGGUAUCACUCGGUUGGUGGGAAAACUAUGUCGACAGGAAUGCAUCGCUAAGUUUUAUUAGAAAUAUCGCACAAAUUAAGCAAAAAUUACAUAAAACCAGAUAUUUUACGUUUAUAUUUAUAUCGAUUUGGAAAAUCAUUUUGAUAUUUAUUUUUAUGAUGCUUUCAAUAUAUAUGACGGACGGAACUGUUAGACCUAUAUUUAGUAAAUUUAAUGAAGCAUUUGGUUCGCAUAAAAUUAUGAUUCAAAGAGAUAGGUCUGACUUGAUAUCACUGGCAAAUACGGAUCAAUAUGUUGGCAUUGAAGCCGAAUCAAUAGAUAUCAACUCUCGUCCAUCGAUACCGAUUUGGUUUAUUUUGGCACAAAUAAUGACGAGUUGGGUGUGUUAUGUGGUGGCAAAGUUUGCCUGCAAGAUAUGUAUACAAGGAUUUAGUUUUGCUUUUCCCAUAAGUCUAACAGUUCCGGUCGCUAUAUCAGCACUUAUUGCCUUUUGUGGCAUACAUUUCGACAAUAAAUGCAAAAUAUCCGACUUUUUUAUACCCAAGUAUUUGUUUUGGUAUUGUAAUGAAGAACCUUUUAUAAGGGAUGAACCAUUCUUUAAUGUCCACGCAAUUAUGUGGCUGUUAUGGUUACUGUCCCAGACCUGGAUAGCUAUUCAUAUAUGGGCGCCAAAGUGCGAAAGAUUGGCCACAACUGAGAAAUUAUUUGUAAAUCCUAUGUAUUGCGGAGCAAUUAUUGACCAAUCAAUUGCUUUUAAUAGAAGACGUGAUGACGAAGAAGAAAUUAAGAGCGAAGAUAUUAACUUAGAUGCCGAGGGAACGACACUUCAGGACCCAUCACAACAUUAUGAAACUAUUUCCGAGAAUAUGGACGACAAGAAAAAGUCAUCGACAUAUAGUAGUGACCAAAUUGUACGCAUCUAUGCGUGCGCUACGAUGUGGCACGAGACCGCUCAAGAGAUGAUUCAAAUGCUUAAAUCAGUUAUGAGAAUGGAUGAAGACCAGAGUGCCAGAAGAAAUGCACAAAAAUAUCUUCGUAUUGUUGAUCCCGACUAUUAUGAAUUUGAAGUUCACAUAUUCUUUGACGAUGCGUUUGAAUUAUGCGAUGAAAACGAUGAGGAUAUGGUUGUCAACCGGUUUGUUAAGCAAUUAGUUGAAGUGAUAGAUACGGCGGCCAGUAAUGUGCAUCAAUGCAACAUUAAGCUUAAGCUACCGACCAAAAUCCCGACGCCAUACGGGGGACGACUUGAAUGGAAAAUGCCCGGACAGAACAAAUUGAUUGCUCACCUCAAAGACAAAGCCAAAAUCAGACACAGAAAGAGAUGGAGUCAAGUGAUGUACAUGUAUUAUCUUCUGGGACACCGACUCAUGGAAUUACCAAUAGAUGUGAAUAGAAAGGCAAUAAUGGCUGAGAAUACAUAUCUUUUGACUUUAGAUGGAGACAUCAAUUUCAGGCCACACGCCGUCCAACUAUUGGUUGAUUUAAUGAAAAAGAACCGAAAUCUUGGCGCCGCUUGCGGUCGUAUUCAUCCCGUGGGUACGGGAUUUAUGACGUGGUAUCAAAAAUUUGAAUAUGCAAUCGGACAUUGGCUUCAAAAGGCAACCGAACAUAUGAUUGGUUGUGUAUUGUGUAGUCCCGGUUGCUUCUCAUUGUUCAGAGCUAAAGCUUUAAUGGAUGAUAAUGUUAUGCGAAGAUAUACUGCACGUUCAGAUGAGGCCUUACAUUAUGUACAGUACGAUCAGGGAGAGGAUCGUUGGCUCUGUACUCUUCUUCUUCAAAGAGGAUAUCGCGUUGAAUAUUCAGCCGCUUCUGAUGCUUAUACUCAAUGUCCCGAAGGUUUUGGAGAAUUUUAUACUCAACGGCGUCGUUGGGCUCCAUCAACAAUGGCUAAUAUAAUGGACUUAUUAGGAGAUUAUAAGAAAACUGUUAAAGUUAAUGACAAUAUAUCGCUGCCAUAUAUUAUAUAUCAGGGAAUGUUAAUGAUCGGUACAAUACUAGGUCCGGGAACUAUAUUUCUUAUGCUUGUCGGUGCUCUGGUCGCUGCCUUUCGUAUAUCAAAUUGGGACUCAUUUUAUUAUAAUAUUAUGCCAAUCAUCGCAUUUAUAUUGAUUUGUUUUGUGGCCAAAAAUGAGGUCCAAAUAUUUGUGGCCCAAAUACUCAGUGCUGCUUAUUGUCUAUUAAUGAUGGCUGUCUUUGUGGGUCAAGCUAUUCAAAUGACUGAAGACGGUAUUGGUUCUCCUUCUGCCAUAUUUUUUAUGUCACUAACGGGUAGUUUCAUUGUUGCCGGUCUUCUGCAUCCACAAGAAAUAGGAUGUUUAGCGCCACUAUUGUUAUAUUUUUUGAGUAUUCCGUGUAUGUAUUUGUUGCUUAUAAUCUAUUCAUUAAUCAACUUAAAUGUCGUCACUUGGGGUACUCGUGAGGUUCAAACUAAGAAAACAAAGAAAGAAUUACAAGAAGAGAAAAAGGCGACCGAAGAACUUAAAAAAAAGAAUUUACUCGGAUUUCUCAAUGUUGGCGAUAAUCGUAAAGAAGAGGGAAGUAUUACAUUUAAUUUGGCAAAUCUUUUCAAAUGCAUGUUUUGCACGUAUCCAAAACCUAAUGAAGAAGCCGUACAUUUGGUCAAAAUACAGGAUCAAUUGGAUUCAAUUACAAAUAAAUUAAGUACUUUGGAAAAAGCAAUUGAUCCAAAUGCUCAGUCAAAGAGAACAUCUAUUGGAAGAACUGCCAGAUUUUCAGACAAUCUUUCGACUGUAACUGAAAAUGAAGAGGAAGAAGAAGAGGAGGAGGAGUUUGGUUCUGAAACUUCUGAAACUAAUUUGGAUGAAAAAGAAUCUGAAGGAAAGCAUGAUAGGGAUGACCUAUUGAAUCCUUAUUGGAUUGAAGACAAAGACUUGAAAAAUGGAGAAGUGGCUUAUUUGCAUCCAUCAGAGAUUCAGUUCUGGAAAGACCUGAUUGGAAAAUAUUUGUAUCCAAUCGACCAAAACAAAGAACAUCAGGAAAGAGUUGCCAAUGAUCUCAAAGAACUCCGAAACCGAGUAGUGUUUGCAUUCUUUAUGUUAAACGCUCUCUUCGUUUUAGUUGUCUUUUUACUUCAGCUUAAUAAAGAGAUACUUCAUGUCGAUUGGCCUCUUGGUGUCAGAGAAAAUAUUACCAUUAAUCCGGAUACUAAUGAAUAUAUAGUGGAUAAGGAAUACUUGGAAUUGGAACCAAUAGGUUUGGUAUUUGUCGUAUUCUUCGGAAGCAUUCUUGUCAUACAAUUUGUUGGAAUGCUUUUCCAUCGCUUCGGAACUCUUUCACAUAUAUUAGCUUCGGUUGAAUUGACACUCUGUUCGCCUAAAGUUGAAGACGUUAGUGAAGAUGAUUUCAUUGAUAAGAAUGCCGUCCAAAUUGCUCGACAAUUACAAAGACUUCGAGGACUCGAUGAUUCAGAUGAUAAGAGUGAUGAAUACGGAAAUCGGGUCGAAAAGAGGAAAACAAUAUUUAAUUUAGAAAAACGUCUUCAACAACACCGACGAAUUGGAACAUUAGACGUGGCUUUUAGAAAACGUUUCCUCAAUUUGUCGAAUAACAUGCCCUCUGGAACACCUAUUUUGGGAGGAAUUCGAAACAAAGAGCAGAUUAUGGCUCUUGAAAGAAGAAGAAAUACAUUAAUAGCCGGUGAGGGACACACUCGACUCGGUAUGCAAACACUCGGUGCCAAAAACGAGUUCGUCCGUAAUAACCCCAACAGAUCUACUUUGGACUCGAAACGGCCGCGCAAUGGCAUUGAUAUAAAUGGUAGUCUACAGGGACAUCCAAAUAGGGCUUAUAUUCAAGACUCAGAUGAAGACGAAACAAUGAAUGAUAGGCCCAUUAACUUAAAUAUUUAUAGUCCCGGUUCCCGACUGAGUGCCAACAGUUCGGUUGGCAAACGUCAGAGUUUGAGUCAUAAUUUAUAA